GAAAUUGAAAAUUUUUCUUGUUCCAAAAGGUGUUGAUGUGGGAGAAAAGGAAGCGCGAAAGCAGCAGGCGUCGCAAGCUUUUGUACCUCUGGGUGGUUGGGGCACUUUUCUUCCUUCCCGCUGCACCCUACUUUUUUUCAGAUUUUUUUUUUUUCUUAUCGGGCAGAAUAGUGGGGUAUCUGAAGGCGGUGGGAUGGAUAGGCAUAGCUCGCAAUGAGCUUCCCCACACGCGACAACCUGCAGCCUCGUGUGGCUAGAAGAGUUGUUGCCUGAGGCUGAGAAGCGAGAAGUCUCCCCGGCAGGCUAACCGCACGCAAUCGCUGGAUUGGUCAAGGUAGG